AUGACGAUAUUCAGAUGGGAGAAUUUCUCUGGAAGAAGUGCUUACAGCUUGCACAGUGCACAUCACUUUGGACUAGUCAUUGAAGACCUUCCACACCCAGAUAAACGACUCCGCGGAGAAGGAGUUGCUGGAGCUGCAGAAAGGCAUCCAUGCAGAAAGUGCUCUCGUCUCCUUGGCGGGUGCGGCGCCCUGGGCCGCGCCGAUGAGAAGGAGGACAUUCACAGGAUGAAAUUCAUGGGGGGCUUCUUCCUCUCCUCCAGCCGCGUGGUCAUCCUACAAGGCCACGUGCUCUUCAUCUGCUUCCGAGGUCGUCGUUUGCCGGAAGGCUUUGUCGACCCGUCUUAUGUGGAGGAUGCGCUUUUGCUUUGGGAUUCGGAGGCGCGCCGCGAUGGAAGACGCUGCACUCUGAGGGUGUCAGGCCGCACUUUUCGCUUGACCUUUGCUGAUGAGCAGGUGGCCAGCCGUUGGGUGGAGAUGCUGAGGAAAGCCUCUGGCAGCCACUCUUUUCAAGAGAAGGCCAUGUCCCAGAUCGUCUCGCUGUUGCAAUUGGCCCGAGAAGCAACCUGGAUUGAACACCGGCCAGGGCGGACACAGCUACGCUUCGCCUGGGCUCUCCUCUCCACCGGAGGCCACUGCGCCCUGGGUCUACACUGCACGGAAGCGACCUGA